AUGCCUUCCCUUUGGCGAAAGUUUUCGCUAAGCAGCAAGAGCAGGUGGGACAGUUCCGACCCCGAGAGAGCGCCACCACCGCUGCCGCUCAAUCCCCAGUCGCCCGUAACAUCCAGAGCCGGAACCUCGAGCGCCAUUCAGUCCGCACAUGCCGCUCUGACAGAGAAGGCACGCGAGAGCGGCUUGGUAUCCAACGCCCUUUCCAAACGCGGCCCUGAUGUAUCGCCUGAGCGCCCGCUUCUGAAAGGCUCCGCCCACAGGCGCAUGCAAUCACUGCAGCCGGGAACCGUACGAGAUCUUAGUUUGAUGAUCGAAGGCGGCCGCGAUUCCUCCUCCUCAACACCACGUUCUCCCGACAAGACCGGGAGACCAUCUACCAGGCCAUCAACCCCAUCGAAAAACCGAGACCGCGACCCCUUCGUCGAGGUCAAGUCCGAGGACCGGGACGAGAGAGCAAUGGUCCUAUCACCAACCCCGGGGCCGAGCCUCACUCCUAUCGUCCGACCGACUGCGGUGCGGCGAUCGCAUCACAGCAUCCUCGGCGAAAACACGCCCCCUCAGUCGGCCACCAUGCUUGCUCUGCAGAACAUGUCGACGCCAACCCAGCGAGAGGCCGAGUCGCCUCUUGCUAACGUCACCAACGGAUCCAACGCCCUGGCCAAGGCACCGCAGCCAUUAGACAACCUAUCACACCAGAUCUUAAGUCUGACGAAUAUAGCCACUGCGCUGCAGAAGGAGAUGUCGGCUCUUAGCAGGAGAAGUCGCGACAACGCCACCGACCUCCUGAGUCUGAAGGAAGCCACAAAUGCCAGAGACGAGGAUAUCCGCAAAAGUCUCCGAGAGCUCAUCACCAAUGCGAAUGAGGCGGCUCUCCGUGGCACCAGAGACCCUUACGGUGGCAGUCUACUACUGGACAAUAAGCCUCACAGUCCACCGUCACAUUCCAAGGCCAUACGACCGUUUUCUCUUCCCCGUAUCCCUUCGCCAAACAGCUUCGCCACGUCCCUCGACCGAGAAUCGGUUAGCACACCGUCGUUGUAUGGUGGUGAAACGCCCGCUACCAUUGCGCUCCUGGAAAAGGUUGUGCGCGAGAUGGGCACAAAGGAAGGACAAGAUCGCCUCAUCGCUCGGCUCACGGAGGUCGUCGAGACGCUCUCCGGCAUGGCAUCGGCCGAGAAAGUGGAGGAGCUGCUCAAACACGUCAAGGCAUCCCAGGACCAGGCUGUCGUGCUUGCAAGCGUGGGCAACGGCGGCCGUGGAGGCAACCGCGCCCGAAAUUUCAGCUUUGAUGACCCGUCAUCGCCCGAGAUCGCAUACGACCGAUCCGGCCCCAUGACGAGUCGUGUCGAGCGGCUGCUGAACGAAAAAGAGAGCCGCAGAUCAUCAGCUCCCCCCUCCAGGGCCGCUGAUCUUCUCAACGAAGAUGUUCUCAAGGCCAUCCGUUCUGUUAAAGAGAGCGUCGCCCAAGGCGGCGGUCUUACUGCGGAAGUCAAGGCGCUUGUUCGUGAACUGCGUGGCGAAGUUCUGGGCAUGGGCCGCGAGCUAGGUCGUCGUCUUGACGAGGUUGAUUCUACCAAGGAGUUGAAGAAUGAGGCGGCUCUCAACGUCGAGAUGUCCAAAGUUAUCGAGGAAGGACUGGACGAAAUGAAGGAGCACAUGAAUCAGCUGCUUAGAGAACACCGCCGCCAAUCUGCCGCCUCCGUCGCCUCGAAAUCUCCUGUUGACUACCAAGAGAUCUACAACGCCAUGCGAGCGGCAUUGCAAGAUUCUCACAACAAAGAUGCUGCUGACGAGUUGAGCCGUGAGGAUGUCAUUCAGGCAGUCAAGGAGGCAUGGGAAGCAUACAAGCCGGAGAUCGAGGUGCAGCACUUGGGCCUAGAGCGUGAUGAGGUUCUGCAGUGCCUCCAGGAAGGACUUCGCGAGUAUGGUCCACGGAUGGACCACCCUACGGGUGCAACAAGAGAAGAGGUGUUCAAGGCAGUCGUUGAGGGCCUGAAACAUUUCGUACCUCCGCAGGUGGACACGCCAGCGACCCUUUCCCGAGACGAAAUCCUCGAGGCUGUUCGCGAAUGUCUCGAGGAGUUCGAGUUCCCCGUUGCGCCGUCUGCUAUCGGUGCCGAAAUCACCAAGGACGACAUGCUUGAUGCCGUGAAGCAAGGUCUGAACGGAUUCGAGUUCCCCCGUACCGAGUCAGCCCUUGUUCCCAGAGAAGCCAUGAACAACGACGAGAUCAUUGUUCGUCUGCAGGACAUCAUGGAUUUCAUGCGCGAGGAAUUCAAGGCUGUCUCGGAUGAGGCCAAACAGAAUGUAGCUGCCAACGGGAGGGAUACCGAACAGGUGCUUGAUGCGACCAAAGAUGGCUUCGAAAAGCUACGCUCUGAUAUCGAAGGCUACGUCGACCGAGCCAGCGGAGCAGCCAACCAAGAAGAAUUUAUGGAGGGGUUGAUCCGGACUCUGGAUGUUUUCAGAGAAGAGAUCGCCGGUCUUGUGUCUACUUCUUCCGAUGGCUCAAAGGCCAUGCUCAAGGAGGAGUUGGAGUCGUUGAGGGACACAGUGAACUCAUCACUCGUCCCUGCCACCCCUUCAGUCGCCGCCGGUGGAAACAACAGGGAGGUCCUUGAAGCGCUACACGACGGGCUAAGCAGCCUAAAAACAGAGCUCAAUAAUCGACCUAUCGCCGGUACAAACGAAGUCCUUGAUGCGCUGCAAGAAGGAUUUGAUGACCUUCGCAUAAGCAUCGAGAAGUUGGGCAACAAGCCUGUCGACCUGACGGCCAAUGACGAAAUUCUAGACGCGCUCAAGUCUGGUCUCGAUGGUGUUCGAACAGACAUUGACGGCCUGCGUGAGCAGAGCCGUGCCGUGGCCACUGUUGAGGACACAACCGCCGCUGUCGUACCUGCCGAUAUGCUAAAGCACGAUGAUAUCAAGAACCUUGAGGUGCUUAUCACGCAGCUCCGGAUCAAGGUUGAAGGCAUGGAAACCCCUGCUCCCGCGGCAGAACCUGCGUCGGCGGAGAAUUUGGCUGCUAUGGAGGAAAUGCUCCGCAAUCUCCAGGAGUCCGUUGCCGGAAUGUCGAACCAUGAGCCGGCACCCACUGAUGCCGCUGCCAAGGAAGAUGUUCAGGCCAUUGAAACCAUUCUCCGCAACACCAAAGCACGCCUUGAUGACCUUAUUGAUGGAGAGCAGUCUGUGCGGAAAGACCAUAUCGACAUCCUUGAAACUCUGCUUCUAGAAACGAAGGAGAGCUUGGGACAGCUGUCAACUCGGGUCGAUAGUCUUUCAUCUCGAGAGGACAUCAAUAUGGUUGAGUCCCUGGUCGCCCAGGUCGCCAAUGGUUUUGAAGAGAUGAAAGAUCGUCACGACAAGCAAUUUGAAGAUCCUGAGAAAGUCACCAAGACCGACGUCGAUGCCAUUGGUACAAUAUGUCAGGAGGUCAAGAUCGUUGUCGACCAGCUGGUCAAGGCUGACCUUGCUGACCUGCCUUCCAAGGAAGACCUCAAGGGGCUCGAGACCAUCGUGAAAGAGUUCAAGGAUCAGGCCGAGACACAUGCCGAAACCAACGCCAAAGCUUUCGAAGAGAGGCAGGCCGAGACCGUUGGUGUCAGCGAGCGUGUCACUGAGGUCAAGACGUUCCUAGAAGAGUUUCAGGGCACUGUUUCGGAGAAGCUCGGCCAGGGUGCCUCCGGCAUUGAGUCGCUCAGCAAGCUCCUCGAGGCAAUGAGCGAAACCAUGGCUAACAACGCCAAUGUCGGCACCGACAUCAAGGAGAUGUUUGAGACCAUGAAGUCCGAGUUCGAAGAGGCAAAGGCCGGCGUUGUCGGGGCCAAACUGGACACGGACGAGAAGUUCCUGCUCACAACAGACACACUCGGUGCCAAGAUCGAUGAGGGCAUCAACGACAUGAAGACCAAGUAUGAGGAGUUCCAGCUUCUCAUGGACGACCGGGCCAAAUCUGGAGAGGAGCGCGAUGCGGAGAUGGAAUCUGCUAUGGUCAGCACGAAGGCUAUCGCCGAAGAAUUGAAGACGCUUAUCGAUACCUUGGGCUCGACUGUCACCGACUCUCUGGAGAAGAUGGAGGAGGCUUCCAAGACCGUCUUCGAACGUGUGGAAGACAUGGCAACGAAGUCGGAGGAGAAUCACUCGGACGACAAAGCCGAGCACCAGCUCACUCGAGACCAGGUCAAGGAGGCUCUAGGCGUCGCCGAAGGUAUUCAGGGCCAUGUUGUUGAAUACCAGCCCAAGAUCCUCGAAGCAGUCAAAGAUGUUCUGCUCAUUGUUGGCCAACACUAUGAGCAUUCCAAGACUUCGGCUACAUCUAUCGAGGAGAAGAUCGAGGAAUCAAAACCACCAGAGAUGCCUUUGCUGCCCCCAGUCGAGAAGUACGACGAUACUGGAGUCCACGAGAAGCUCGACAAGCUAGUUGAUCACAGCCACGCUGCGGGCAAGGCCUUCUCGCAACUUGACACUCUAGAUAAGAUUCACCAGCAAGUCCUGCAGACUGCUGCCGAGGUGGCAGACUUUUUGACUGCGCAGAAGCAGCUGAAGGCUGAGGAGCACGAAGACCAGCAGAAAGCGCUUCAAGAGACCAAUGCGGCCCUUGAGCGUGGUCAGGCUCAGAAAGAAGAAGUCGAAGCCAACCUCGCCAGUCUCAGGGAGGAGGAGGCGCGUCUGAAAGAGAGCAUUCUCGGGCUCCGCGGCGAGCAGGAAGGCCUCACCCGCCAGAAGAUCCGUCUCUCUGCCGAUGUGUCUUCUCUUGAGACCGCCUUGCGACUACGCCGUGAGGAGCUCCACGAUAUGGAAAAUAGAGCCGAGGGUCUCGAGCGUCGUAUCUUGGAGGGCGUCAUGGAUCAUUCACGUGUCCUCCUCAUGGCCAAGGCCAAUCAGGGUCGGGACAUCAUGAGCCGUAAGCGAGUGCCCUCUCAGAAGCCCGCCAAGGAGUCGCUAGCUGCCGAAGCAGCUGCUCCAAGCAAGCCACGGGCGGCCUUCAACAUGACCAUGUCAUCCAAGCGCAACCUGCAGCCGCCGAACCAGGCGCGCAGAAUCCUGUCGCUCAGCCAAAUCAACCACAACGUUCCCGCUGGUGGAUUUAAGAGGAGCCAGAGUGUUAGGGCACCAGCAGGAGCCGCAGCGAUGCGCAAGGCGAGCUGGGCGGGCCGCAUGGCCGGCAAGGGCUACGGCGACCUCGACGGGGACAAGGAGGACAAGGAGAACAGCCACCCGCUCAACGAGGACGACGAAGACGAGGCCGAGGACUAUGCCACGCCGCGGCAGGACGAGAUCGUGCUGGCCGAUCCGGACCUGGCCGACCCGAGCGAGGUCGGGGAGGGAGACGACCGGAGCGAGACGGAGACGCUGCGGCGGUCGAGCAUGGGGACCACGGUGAUUACUGGGUACACUGGCAGCGAGGUGAGCACCGAUGCCGACUACUCUGACCACGACGAGACGGCGAGCGAGUGGACCGAGAGCGCGGUUGGGUCGAGCAUUGUCAGUGGGGGAGGUGAGGGCAACGAGGUGCUCUGUACCAGGGGUGAUGAGAGCGCUGGUAGUAGGAGUUGUCGUCUAUAUGUGAGAGAGAAGGGAGAGCUGGAGUAA